AUGGAAGAUGAUCUCUCAGAGGGGAAAAUAGGAAAUUUUGAAGGAGGAACAAUUACCUUAAAUUUGGAAGAUGCCACUCAGCUGAUCCUUCAGCAGCAGGGGUUACAGGGAGGAGCCCUACCCCCAGGGACAUACCAAAUCCUGACCCAGGACGGAAUUCAGAUCUCUGACAAUUCCCUGACAAUCACAGAUGAUGGUUUGGCACAGAUACUGGGUGUUGAAAGAGCAGAAAACCUCAGUGAGCAGUCUAUGUCAAACAGUGUAGGGGAGGUAACUGGAGCUAAUGUUUUGGACACUACAUCUAGUGAUGUACAGAAUGGAUCAGGGGAGGUAACUGAGGCCCAUGGAGAGAGUGUACCUCUAGUAGAAGACUCAUCAACGGCCACAGGAGGAGAAAAUUCUCUGGAACAAAAUGAAACAGCUACUAGAGCAGAGGGACAGACUGAAAAAGAAGAAACUGAACAACAAAAGCCACUGAAUGCAAUUUCUUGGGAAACAAAAGAUUUCACAUCUCCAGAAAGCCCAGAAACAGUCCAGAAUAAAACAUCACAAAUCUUACUGGAAAAUAUUGAGAAAACAGCUUCAAGUGGAGAUAGAGACGUUUCUACUAUUCAGCCAACCACAGGACCCACCAUUCCCUCUAAUCAGCCAAUCAAAGAUCUCCAUGUUAUCAUAGAACAAGAGGCUCCGCCCACCCCUGACACACCCACUUCUGGCACAUCACUUGAUCUUUCCAAACCUAUUGAAGUGACCAAUGAAACCAUUGUUAUAAUUGAUGGAAAGAAGUGUGUCCUGUCAGCCAAUCCAGACACAGGACAACUCUGUGCCUAUCCAGUGUUACCAUCUGAAGGCAAAAGAAAGCGUGGAAGACCUCCAAAUUCCUCUCGGAAAAAUGUAGGAAUGGUUCCACCUGCAAAGAAGGCAAAGAAACGAGACCCAGUAUUAAUGGAGACUUACAUGGAACAGACGAAUGCUGCAGAGGGUCUCUUAGAACUAUCAAAUACAGGCCCAGAUGGAGUAAGAAGAAGUGGAAGAAGCAGAAAAAAAGCCAGACUUCUGGAUGAUUACGAGGUGACGGAAGUCGGCAGUGAUGAGGAAGUUUUACAUGUAAAGGAGGAGAAAGAUGAAGAUACGGAAUUCUCCCUGCCUGGAAUUAAGAAACUCAAGACAGAUUCUAAUGAGGUCAAUCCAGUCGUCCUGACAACGACCAUGACCUCUAAAAACUUCCUGUCACCUACUGGAGCAGUGAAAAGAGGAAGAGGUCGUCCCAGAAGAUACCCUCCUCCAGGCCAGUCUAAUAUUCCCACCCAAAUCCCAGCUGUGAUCAUCCCAGGGGCUAAUGGACCAACAAUAAUGAUGGCCCCAGUACAGGGAAUUUCCAAUAUGAAUGCUUUGGCAGAACAGAUAAAAAGCUUACCCACAAUUGUUACUAAAGUAGUGUCACCUGUAGCCCCUAAGCCUACCACCAGUGGUGUAGUGACAGUCCAAAUGGGGGCCAAAGGAACACAGAGUACCUCAGAAAUAGCUACAUCAUCCUCCAUCAUACAAACCUCUAUAUCAGAACAGAAACCCUCAGUGACUGUGAUGGACACCGGUCUGUCUGGAGACCCAAAUCUGACCACCAGCUCCAGUGUGGUGUUGUCCAGUAUUGUAACAUCUCAGUCCACCUCUAAUGUCGACACAUUGUCCCUCAGCCAGUCUGUGUCAGACAACAUACCAUCAGAAACACUGCCCACCAUCACCAUGGAGUCUGAUGAUCUGGACAAUAAAGAUCAGCUUUCCCUGUCUAUGUCAGUGACAGAAGAUGAAACUUUGGAUUUAGAUGAAACAGUCGAUUCCUCGGAUCAGAUAAAUGAUGAGAAGGAAGAUGACAUCAAGCAGGAUUCAGAGGAUUUGCCCAAAGCAGACAUUUUAAAGCCUGUGGAUGAUCCAGAUCAACAGACAAUUAUUCGAAUUCCAGAAAAUCUUAUCCAGAUGUUUCUACCCAAGAAGGAUCCAGUCAAACUGGGUCUAAAGUUAAAGUUCAACGAUCAAGAAUUACAGAACAUGAAGUGUCCUAAGUGUGAUUUCCAGGCCUACUACCCCCAGCAGUACCAAAGCCACAUCGCAACCCACCCAGAGGAAAUUCAGAAGUGCAAGUGUUGUAACUUUGUGUCUUUUGACCCAGAAAAUCUGCUAGCUCAUUUCAAGGAAAACCACCCAAGAUGUAUAUGCAAUGUGUGUAAUUUUAUGGCAGAGCAUGCUUACAUUAUCAAACGUCACAUGAUGAGGCACAAUAUGGAAGGUUGCACCUGUCACACAUGUGGUAAAGUUUACAAGGACCAGUACAUCCUGAAAAUGCAUGUAAAAAUGGUUCAUAUGCCAGCAGAGGUGUUGUUUGAGUGUACAGUGUGUUCGAAGAAGUUCACCCGCAAAGCUCAUUUAAAACGUCAUCUACGAAUCCAUGAGCCGGAAAAACCAUAUAAAUGUCCUCAUUGUGACUACAGAGGUUGUGAAAAAUCAGAUAUAUCAAAGCACAUCUUAAUUCAUGAAGAACCAAAGCAUGUAUGUGAUGUGUGUGGUAAAGCCUUCAGACACAUCAAAAACAAAGAACUCCACCUCAAAAGACAUAAUGGUCAGAAGGACUAUAAGUGCGGAGUCUGUGAGUUCUACGGCUAUACGUUUACAGACAUCAGGAAACAUAUAGAGAGAAAACAUUCCGAUGUCAAAUCUCAUGUCUGUGAAAAGUGUGGGUCCAUCUUCAAAACUGAUCCUCUUCUUAAGGAACACUUAAAGAAUGGGUGUGAGAUAUUUAUGAUAGAGCAGGCUUUAGCAAUAGCCACAUCAACAGGGGGGACAAGCCAAGCCACUAUUCAGAUUCCCUCCAACUCUAUGGGAGUGGACAACGAGUUCAUCUCUAAACAGGACAACUCAGGACCAGUGAACAUAACAGUAGAGCAGGUCACUCUGGGAGAAGCAAUCACUUUAUCAGAGGAGCAUCUUCAGGCAGGCCUGAGGGAUGGGUCACUCAGUAUUCCCGACACUCAGGUCAUAGAAUCAGGGUCACUAGAUGAAGGUCAGGUUGAGGUCAUCUCCCAUGGUCACAUCAUUGAGGAGGGACAGGUCAUUGAAUCAGGUGAUGGAGUGAUGUCAGAGGAGGAGGAAAAUGAUGAAGGUGUAGAGGAGGAGGAGGGAAUGAUUGCUAUGGAACACUUGUCUGGCUCUGUGGUAGAAGAAGAUCUGUCGGUAGGGGAGGGGCUUAAUAUGCAAAUGACUUGAUCAAUUGUUAGGAUGCAAGGAAAGAUUCUGUUAUGAAUUAACUGGAAGAGAUGAGAUUGUUUGACUAGUGGCUGGGUGAUCAUCAUGCUGUAGCUCUAACAAUAAACUGUUGAAGAGUUUUCAAUUGAGAAGGAGGGGCCUAAUAUGCAAAUCAGAAGUUGAGAUGAAGUUCAUGCAAGGUAGUAUGCAACAUGCCAAUAUGAUGUCAGAUUGUACAGUACUUCCUAUUAAAUAGUUUGGAAGGAACAUAUUCAGGUUUCAUUGUAUAGUUACAAAGUCUUUAACAUCAUUGAAUCUAAAAGAAUGGUAACUACUACAGAGUGUCUAACAAAAAGAGAAGGUACUGCUUUUCAGUGAUUAGAAACCAAGGGCAAGGGCAGGCAAGCAUCCCUUCAAUAAGUAUUAAUGGAAUAUGACUUCAUGUUAUUCCCUGAACACAUUGUAUCUGGGCAAAGUUUUGAGUACUUCUUUAGAUUUGUAAGAGAGAGACCUUUCAAAGCUCAAGCCAGGUAUUUCUUUUAAGAGGGAAGAUAGUUGAGGAUACUUCUUUAUAGUAACAGGGAGUAUCUUGGAAAAGCAAAACAUAGUUUUGGAAAGGUUUCGAGUACUUUUUAGAGAGGGAAGGAUGUGUUAUGGGAAGGUUUGGUAAGGGAAGUCCUGAGCUUAUGAUGUUCUUUUAGAGUUCUAAGAGUGUCAUCUGGUUACAGUUAGGGGUACUUCUUUUAAGCAGUUAGGGUGUCUCAGCAAUGCUUAAAGUAGUUCUGUAGAGUAAUAAAAAAGUGUCUUAACAUGGGUUAGAGUGAAAUAGAAGUGGCCUAUCAGAGAUUAAGAUAUGGGUAUUUUAAACUGCAUGUAUAAGUUAUUUAACAAUAUGAAAGAAAAAAACAGAAAUUUGAUGCAACAACAAUUGUCAAAAUAAAUGAAAGAGGAAGUCCUUGAUAUAUGGAAGCAAAUGUUCAGACAAUCUAGUGAUAUGAAAAGAAGACUUGGCAGUUACAGUGAUUAUUUAUGCUUAUUGUUAUAAGAAGUCUAUUAAGAUACAAAUGACAAUAAAAUACUGUCAAACAGCAUGAAAUCCAGAAAUGCUGGUAGUUCACAGUUUUUAUGCAGUGUCUUAAAAGAAUGUGUCUUAUUGUAUUUUCUCAUAAUUUCUGGUUGUGAAUGAUAUGAAUGUAUAAAAUCUAACUCAUUUCAUUUGAUAGUCAUUUUUAUGUGUGUCUGUGAUAGUCCAUUUGAAGCAGUCAUUAAUUCUAAUAAUUUAAUUUUUAGGUCACCUGAGUCACUCAGGCGACCUAUUGCUAUCUGUUUUCGUCCGUCGUCGUCAGUCGUCCGUCGGUCGUAAACUUUUGAACAUUUUCAGCUUCUUCUCUUGAACCACUGAACCAAUUUUGGCAUAUAGCAUCAAUGGGUGAAAGGGUACAAAAAUUGUGAAUUUCAUGGUCCCUGCCCCCCUGGGGCCUGAGGGGUGGGGCUAAAACCAUCAAAAUUAGUGCUAUCUUUAAAAAUCUUCUUCUUUACUCCUGGACAUCAAGCAGUCAAACUGUUGGCAUGAUUGUAAUAAGCAUUGAGCCCUCUACCAAAAUUGUGAAAUUCAUGGCCCCAGGGUCAGGGGUUCUGGUGCUAGGGUGGGGCUAGAUAGAUCAUAUAGUGAAAGUGCAUUAUUUCUUUGAAAAUCUUCUUUUCUACUCCUGGGUAUUAUUGAAACAAAUUAAAUACAUAGUUAUGAUAAGCAAGGAUGCCUCUUCCAAAAUUGUGAAAUUCAUGGCCCAGGGAUCAGGGGUUCUGGUGUUAGGGUGGGGCUAUAUAGAUCCUAUAGUGAAGGUGAAUUAUUUCUUUGAAAAUCUUCUUCUCUGCCCCUGGGUAUUAUUUAAACAAAUUAAAUACAUAGUUAUGAUAAGCAAGAGUGACUCUACCAAAAUUGUGAAAUUCAUAGCCCCAGGGUCAGGGGUUCUGGUGCUAGGGCGAAGCUAUAUAGAUCAUAUAUAAAAGUGCAUUAUUUCUUUGGAAAUAUUCUUUUCUGCUCCUGGGUAUUAUUUAAACAAAUUAAAUACAUAGUUAUGAUAAGCAAGAGUGACUCUACCAGAAUUGUGAAAUUCUUGCCCCAGGGUCAGGGGUUCUGGUGCUAGGGUGGAGCUAUAUAGAUCAUAUAGUGAAAGUGCAUUAUUUCUUUGAAAAUCUUCUUCUCUACUCCUGGGUAUUAUUUAAACAAAUU